AUGGCUGACUUGGAGCGCAGACUGGCCAAAAAAUCUGCAACCAACAUUCUGCAGUACCUCGCCAAGAACCAAGUGCACGCGCGCACGCACACUGGAGAGAAGCCGUUCCAGUGCGCCGAGUGCGGUAAAGCAUUCACCCAGGUGCGCAACUACAAGUACCACGUGUCGGUGCACGCGGGAACGCAAGAGUUCGCGGCGGUGUGUCCAGAGUGCGGCAAGGUGUUCAACAACGGCGGCUACCUCAGCUCGCACAUGAAGAUCCACCGCAACCGGAAAGAGUAUGCGUGCGCCGAAUGCGGGCGGCGCUUCAACCAGCGCGUCACCUGCAACACGCACAUGCGCACACACACGGGGCUGCGACCUCAUGUCUGCACACUGUGUGACAAGGCCUUCACGCGCAAGACGCUGCUCAUCCAGCACAUGCGCACGCACACCGGUGAGAAGCCCUUCACCUGUGAGGUGUGCGGGAAGCGGUUCGCGGACCGCAGCAACAUGAUUCUCCAUCAGCGCCUGCACUCGGGCAUCAGGCCGUACAGCUGCGGCGAGUGCGCCAAGGCGUUCACCAAGAAGCACCACCUCAAGGCGCACAUGUCCUGCCACACGGGGCUGCGGCCGCACGCCUGCGACCUCUGCGGCGCUCGCUUCAGCCAGGCCAGCAACAUGCGCACGCACCGCAAGAAGUGCACCGCGCCGCGGCCUUCCGGCGGUGGCGGUGGCGGCGUCGCGGGCGCCGCGGGCGGAGGGGGUGGUGAACUCGGGGUCAAAGCGGCGGGCACCGGCGUCAUCAUGCGCGUGUCCGGAGAGCUGGUGCAGCACGUGUUGCAACGCCCCGACGAUGCUGCUGCCGCCAGCGACUGA